UUUUAUUUUAUUUUUGGUCAAAUAAAAGAUGGUAUACUCAACACCAGCUAAAAAUAAUAUAACAAAUGAAGGUGUACAAUUACUCGUUGAUAAUAGUCAGCUGAUGGUAGAGCACAAGAAUAGUAGCACAGCUGCAACAAAAGAGAUAUUUGACCUCGAGUUUAUCUAUGGCAUUGAAUAUGACGAUGAAAUAUUAUCCGUCCAUCUGAUUGAAAAAGAAAAGGAGGAUACCAAAGUCAUAGGGGAAGCACAAAAGACAUUAACUAAUAUUCGGCCACAAGAUGUAAAAUGGCAUUUGCGCACUCUACAAUUUAUAUCAGUGACGGGCGAUGAUAAGCAAUCAUUAUCCGAAUUUGCUAUUCAAUUCCAGCAGGAGGCGUUGCCGCACCGAGAUGAAUUACCUAAAACUAGAGUCAUUGUUGUUUUGAACCCCACAUCAGGUCUCCAGCUUGCUACAAACUAUUGGAAAACCGUUGUACAACCCAUGCUCGUCAUGGGUGGCUUUAGCGAGUCAAAUAUCACGAAAAUUAUUACUGAAUCUGACGGUAAGACGCGUGCUUUGGUUCAGGGUGUUGCUCAAGAGUUAACCGAUCAUGCCAUCAUCAUUAGUAUGGGAGGUGAUGGCACACUUCAUGAAAUUGUGAAUGGUCUUUUGGAUGCGUCCCCUCAUUGUCGUAUUCGUCUAGGUGUUAUACCAGUAGGUUCCGGAAACGCUUUCGCAUUAGGUCUGAACAUUGAUAACGUUGAGCAAGCAACAUUAAGGAUUAUUCAAGGGAAAAAAGAAGAACCGUUUUACAUGAUGGAUGUCAAAUUAGGCCAUAGUCAUGCCACAGCCAAUUGGCAAGAAAAUAUCGAAUAUGAUGAAACUAAACAACCAACCCGGUUACUCGUUGUUAUGAGCUGGGGAUUUCAUGCACAGAUCGUGUCCAAGUCAAGAUAUCUACGAUAUUUUAUGGGCAAUAAACGGUUCUCUUUAGUGGCCAUGUUCUUAUUGAAAUUCUUGCAACAAUAUCCUGGAGAGCUAGUUUUAAAGAACGCAAUGAAAUAUAAUGCGGAACUAGAAAGAUUUAUUGACAUGGAGCAAGAUGUCGUAUUGAAUGAUGAAUUUACUUAUUUCAUCGCCAGCAAGCAGCAUUCAUUAGAAAAAGGGUUUAAAAUUGCACCUUUUUCCUCGCCUUUAAAGAAAGAAAUGGACGUUGUGCUAUUAAGAAGAGUGGAUGCAGAAACAUUAACAACAGCAAGUAUGGGGGCUUUUCAAGGUGGGAUCCACGUGAACUCCGAGCCAGUCGAAUAUUAUAAAACUACUGAUUUAUUAUUACGCGUGAAACAUAAAGCUGAGCUAUGUUUAGAUGGAGAAAUCCAUGAUCUGCCAGCUAAGGGAGUGGUCCAUCUCAAGGUGAUUGGUUCUUCAUCGACAGAAUCGAAUUUUACUGUAUUUGUGUAACUGCGUUGUUUUAUUCUUUUUUCCAAAACCACCCACGUUUUUACAUCAUUUUUAUUAAAAAAUAAAGGACUCGUUGUAAAUUAUCUAUUUUUGGCAAGUGUCACUUGGGAUUUUAUCACAACACUUUUUUGAUAGAUUGUUUGGAUGGUGGUGUGCUUUUUUACC